AUGUCUGAAGGAAUGGGGGAUGUGAAACUAGUGGCAGAUCUUAAUGUUAAAUUAAAUUUACACGGGAUAAAAAUAACAGGCUCAAUUACGGAUGGUUGCAUUAUUACUGCUAUGGAAGGUUAGCUUAAAGCGUUGAACAUUGCGUUAGACGAUGUAGAUACACGGCGAAGAAAUGUCGAACAGUUCAAGUUCGAAAAGGGCGAAAAACCGGAGGCGGCUGCAGAAUGGCGCGCAGAUUUGGACAAGGAGAUUGGGAAAACAAACGAAGCGAUAACAUCACCGAAGAAUGCUAUCACUGAGGUAACAACCAACCAAAUAGGGGUCAGAGAAAAAGAGCAUGCGUUAAAGGAAAAGGAAAGCAAGGAACAAUAA